AUGCCAAUCGACAGAAGCUUCAGAGGUAACAGUCAGAGUCGGGUUUGGGAUAUGUGCGUCAGUCGUGUUUGGGGUGGAGUUCGGGUUCGAAUUCUGGUUCCGGUUAUGUAUCUUCAAGAACUAAGUUAUCUGAUAGGCCAGUUCGAUGAAGUUCGGUUGACAAGAAGAAGUAGAAUCAGUGGUGCUACCUUCAUGUUGGAGGAAAAGAUCUUUAUCCCUCAUGAUGGUUGUGAUGUGUUAAAAAAUAAGAGUCAGUAA